AACGUUCAAUCAAAAUGCCCACAUUUUACCGUACCGAGAUCAACAAAACGGAAUGGGAAGUUCCGGACAAGUACCAAGCGCUGACCCCGGUCGGUAGUGGUGCCUACGGUCAGGUGUGCUCGGCCUUGGACACAGAACACAAAGUUAAGGUGGCAAUCAAGAAGCUGGCCCGACCGUUCCAGUCCGCCGUCCACGCGAAACGCACCUACCGCGAGCUGCGUAUGUUGAAGCACAUGAAUCACGAGAACAUAAUUGGCCUGCUGGACGUGUUCCAUCCCGGGGACAACACGCUCGAAUCGUUCCAGCAGGUGUACCUGGUCACGCACCUGAUGGGCGCCGACCUGAACAACAUUAUCCGCACCCAGCGCCUGUCGGACGAGCACGUCCAGUUCCUCGUCUACCAGAUCCUGCGCGGUCUCAAGUACAUCCACAGUGCCGGCAUUAUUCACCGGGAUUUGAAACCGUCCAACAUUGCCGUAAACGAAGAUUGUGAGCUGAAAAUAUUGGAUUUCGGGCUGGCUCGGCCGACCGAAAACGAAAUGACCGGCUACGUUGCGACCCGCUGGUACCGGGCGCCUGAAAUUAUGCUCAACUGGAUGCACUACAAUCAAACGGUCGACAUCUGGUCGGUUGGGUGCAUUAUGGCGGAGCUGCUAACCGGCCGGACCCUCUUCCCCGGCACGGACCACAUUCACCAGCUAAACCUUAUCAUGGAGAUACUCGGCACACCGAACGAUGAGUUCAUGGCGAAAAUCUCCUCUGAAAGUGCUCGACACUACAUAAAAUCGCUCCCGAAAACAGAGAAGCGAAACUUUAGCGACGUUUUCCGGGGUGCCAAUCCGCUUGCCAUCGAUUUGCUGGAGAAAAUGCUGGAGCUGGAUGCGGACAAACGGAUAACGGCGGAACAGGCGUUGGCCCAUCCCUAUCUGGAAAAGUAUGCUGAUCCAUCCGACGAACCGACCUCAUCGCUCUAUGAUCAGAGUUUCGAAGACAUGGACCUACCCGUCGAACGAUGGAAGGAGCUGGUGUUUAAGGAAGUGCUGAACUUUGUCCCACAGCAGCACGCGCACAUCGGUGGUGAACCGCAGGCGUAAAAUGUGCCAUCCAUCCACAACACC